CCCGAUUCCGGAAGGGACUGCACAGUUGUGGCGGCGGUUUCUGUGUUGCAGGCUAGCGUUUCUUGUCUGCUGGAGCGGCGGGUCACCCAGCGGCAUCAUGGUCGAGGAGGUACAGAAACAUUCUGUGCACACACUUGUGUUCAGGUCAUUGAAGAGAACCCAUGACAUGUUUGUAGCUGAUAAUGGAAAACCUGUGCCUUUGGAUGAAGAGAGCUUCCCGCUGCUCUCAGAGCCUUGCUGAGCUGAAAUUGUACCUGGCCAGUACCUCUACUCCCAUCUUUUCUCUCACAAACGGAAAAUGGCAAUCAAGCUGCGUAAUGAGUAUGGUCCUGUGUUGCAUAUGCCUACUUCAAAAGAAAAUUUUAAAGAGAAAUGUCCUCAGAAUGCAUCGGAUUCCUAUGGUCAUAAACAAUAUCCUGCCAAUCAAGGACAAGAAGUUGAGUAUUUGGUGACAGGUACACAUCCAUAUCCACCAGGACCUGGGGUUGCUUUGACUGCAGAUACUAAGAUCCAAAGAAUGCCAAGUGAAUCAGCCGCUCAAUCCUUAGCUGUGGCAUUACCUUCUUCUCAGACCAGGGUUGACGCAAAUCGUAAUGCACCUGCUGGAGGUGAAUACCGACAUCCAGCGGCCGCUGACCGUUCACAGCCUGCCGGGAUGACUUCAGCUGUUAUGGAGGCUGGCAAUGCCAAGAACUCUGCACUGAUGGCUAAAAAAGCCCCUACAAUGCCCAAACCCCAGUGGCACCCACCAUGGAAACUGUACAGGGUGAUCAGUGGACAUCUUGGCUGGGUUCGCUGUAUUGCUGUAGAACCUGGAAACCAGUGGUUUGUAACUGGAUCUGCUGACAGAACUAUAAAGAUCUGGGACUUGGCUAGUGGCAAAUUAAAACUGUCAUUAACUGGGCACAUUAGUACAGUGCGUGGUGUGAUAGUAAGCACACGGAGCCCUUACCUGUUCUCCUGUGGAGAAGACAAACAAGUCAAAUGCUGGGAUCUUGAAUAUAAUAAGGUUAUAAGGCACUAUCAUGGACAUCUGAGUGCAGUGUAUGGUUUGGAUUUGCACCCAACAAUUGAUGUGCUGGUAACCUGUAGUCGAGAUUCAACUGCACGGAUUUGGGAUGUGAGAACUAAAGCCAGUGUGCACACAUUAUCUGGACACACAAAUGCAGUUGCUACAGUGAGGUGUCAAGCUGCAGAACCACAAAUUAUUACUGGAAGCCAUGAUACUACAAUACGAUUAUGGGAUUUGGUGGCUGGAAAAACAAGAGUCACAUUAACAAAUCACAAAAAAUCCGUCAGGGCUGUGGUUUUACAUCCUAAACAUUACACAUUUGCAUCUGGGUCUCCAGAUAACAUAAAACAGUGGAAAUUCCCUGAUGGAAGUUUUAUUCAAAAUCUUUCUGGUCAUAAUGCUAUUAUUAACACACUGACAGUAAAUUCUGAUGGAGUGCUUGUUUCUGGAGCUGACAAUGGCACUAUGCAUCUUUGGGACUGGAGAACUGGCUAUAAUUUCCAGAGAGUUCAUGCAGCUGUGCAGCCUGGCUCUUUGGAUAGUGAAUCAGGAAUAUUUGCUUGUGCUUUUGAUCAGUCUGAAAGUCGGUUACUAACCGCUGAAGCUGAUAAAACCAUUAAAGUGUAUAAAGAGGAUGAUACAGCGACAGAAGAAACUCAUCCAGUCAGCUGGAAGCCAGAAAUUAUCAAGAGAAAGAGAUUUUAAUGUAACAUUGUCUUCAUGGUGGCUCCCCCCCCACACACACACCCUUUUAAAAAAAAAAAAAAAAGCUUGGUGUUGAUGAGGAUAUCCAGUCAUUUUGUGCUCUGGCUAGGAAUGCAGAAACUCACAUGCUUAAAUCAUUCCUGCUUCGUAUUUUAUAAUAAACUGCUCCCCCCCCACCGUGUUAUUUUCUAAAAUAAAUAAUUUGAGAUCCUAAGAAAAUGCAGAUAUCAAGCAUACGCAGGUUCAUUGAACACAACUAUUCUAAAGAUAGAAUAUUUGUCAGUUUUUUUAAAAGACACUUUUUAAAAAAACUUAACCAAACUGCUUACUAUAAUAAGGAUAUGUUUUGAGGGGAGCAGUUGUGUUUUUGUGUGUGUGUGUGUGUUUUUCUUUUCUUUUUCAUUUUCUUUUUUUUUUUUUUAGUCCUUUAAGAACUAGUAUCUGUGACUAAUAAUUUGGGAUUAAAGGAUUUGAAGUCUUACUAUAAUUUAUGUAUGUUUAU